UAUACAUCAUGGGGGUUAAUGCGACCUAAAUGGGAUAGCGGAUCGGUCUCCUCUGCGGAUGUAGUUAGUAAAAACUACUGCAUAGCAGGAGUGAACAUUGGCAUAUGGUUAGACCUUCAUCCGGAGGCAGUGCAGCGAUCUCUCAAUGAAAUAUUUAAGCUGUAUUCCAGUGCCAAAAUACAGCCCUGUAUUCACGCUGUUCUGCCCUUCGAAAAUGUGGCUGAAGGCAUAACGCAACUAUGCAGCCGUGAGAACUUCGGGAAAGUGAUUCUGGAGGUCAAGCAGAAGGCAGCUGAGACACCAGCUGUGGAAGUUCAAACUGCGGUAGAGCCACAGCCAACAACAGCAGUGGAGGAGGCAAAAGAAGCUGACCCAGAAGUGCAGAAGGAAGACUCCGCGUCUCCUGCGGAACCAACGGUGGUCGAACCCCCUCAAGUGGAACAAGCAGAAGAGACUGUUGCAGAGGAUAAGACUGAUGUCAGCGCUCCUUGAUAAGGCGCUGCUGGGAAUUUCAGGCUAUAUGGUGCCGUCAGUACAAAUACU